AGGUUGAAAAUUUAAAUUUUAACUUAUAAGCAUAAGUAGAAGCGAAAAGAUGGGGUUGAAUAAUUAUGAAACUAGCUCAUACCCAUACACUAUGUAUACAUGUGACAAUUUUGUCAUCUUGAACCUUUCUUAUCAAUUUCACUUUUAUGAAGAAAUACAAGAAGACGGCACGUCAAAAUGUUGGUAAACUUCAUUUGGUCGAAAAAAAUAUCGACGAACCUCAUGGAAUCAUUCAUAAAAAUGUUGAUCAGAAAUGUCGAUAUAUAUUCUAGAUUUAUAACCACCGUCACUACCUUAUUUUGUUUAUUACUCCGUAUGUUCGAAAAUAUAAGUAUAUAUACACAUGAGUUAUAUGCAUUAGUUUGGACAAGGAAAAUCAAGGUUAGCUUUCUAACCAAUUACAAGAUGAAAUCUACAGAUGAAGGAGUGAACAACCUAUUUGUAAAUAAAAAAUAAUACAGCUAUCUAAAAGCAAAAGGUAAAAAAAUAAACUACGAUAAAAUACCUAAAAUUAACUCUAAAUUUAAAUUUGAACGUAUAAGCAUAAUCCAAGUCAAAAAGAUAGGGCUGAAGAGAAGAGACUGCAUUUUUGACAUUUUGUUCUUUUGAAAAAUUUAUUUUAUAAAUAGAUGUCUAAAAAACUUAUUGUAUAAACAGACUUUUUUUUGACCACGCCAACGUCAUUGGUGUCAUCGUUAUAUAGGACGGCGUCAAUGAGAUUGACGCUAUCCUUCAAGUGAUAAUGUUAUGUUUAUGUGAUGGGAGGAUGGCGUCAAUGUCAUUGGCGCCGUUCUAUAUAACGACGGCGCCAAUGACGUGGUCACGAUUAAAAAGGUCUAUUUAUGCAAUAAUUUUUUAAAAAAUUUAUUUAUAAAAUAUUUUUUUUAAAAGGACCAAAAUAUUAAAAUUCCAGCUAAAAGAGAUCUACUGUGAUCAAAGUUGCUGACGAAAUUCCAAUCGGUGCCGACAGUCCUAGUAGGCCCCAAAGUAUCCCCAUGUGUACUCGCACCCAACAUUUCGCUUCAGUGUCGCCGUCGAGAGGAAAAGACCAAAACGCAAAGUUGCUUUCGUCCCUAAAAAGCAGGCAUUCAUUCAUGCGACUCGGAAAAGUUGGAGGAUCUUAAAUGAUUGGAUGCUUCAACUUGCAGCAUCCUUCUUUGCCCUUUCUUCCUUCCUUUCUUUCGAUCUUUGCUUGCAGGAUUUACCGGUCAAGCCAUGAAAUAGGGCACCGGUCAAGCCAUGGAAUAGGGCACGAUUGUUGGAUUAGGAUCUCUCUGCGGUCGACUCGACUGCAGAGAGUAUUCUCACUGAUAUGUGGGCUCAGUGUCUUCCGGACCCACAUGUCAGUGACGGUUGCAGAAGAAAGUCGACUGCAGAGGAUUCAAUUCCUGAUUGUUACUCGCUCAAGAUAUACAGGCAAACGAGAGAACGAGAUCCUCUGACUUGGAAGGUCAUGGGACUGGCUAAUCGAUAUUUGAGGAACUGCAGUGGUGAGUCUCGUAUAUUAGUGAUUAUGUUACAAUAAAAAUAUGAUUCAGAAAUUUAGUACAAAAGUGAAACUUUUUUUACUACAAACAAAUAGGUGACCAAUAUUUUGGGUUUUGUUAAUUUUUUAGAUUGGUUAAGUUUGGCCCCAAACCACACAAGAAUAUUACAUUAUCUUUGCCGGGUAAAAGGUAGUUGGUCGAAUCAUAAAACUUAAUUGUCUUUAAAAUAUUACUUUUCUCAAUUAAUUAUUUCUGUUGUUACAAAUUUAUAAAAGGUACUAAAAUUACCAUAUUGGAAUAUUUCAGUUUCUUAACGACAAAUCUGCUCAUAUUAUCUCCAUGAAUCCAAAAUAAACAUUGUAAAAAUUAUUAUUACUCCAACUUCAAAAAAAAAACUGAAAAUGUGUCCAAAAAAAUAGGCAUCCGUGGUGGGAGCGUUGUUGGAGAGGUGGGAUUUUUUUUCCCUGAAUUUUUGAAGAGAAUAUCAUAAAAUUUUUAGUCUGCAGAUAUUGCCAUCUCUUAUAAAUGCAGCGGUACAAAAUAAGGGACAAGUUAUCUGUUGUUUGUUCAAAUGUCAGCAGGCUAAAGUAAAACACACAUUUGUUUCUAGGGGCUUAUUUGGUUUGGAGGAAUUUUAACCCAUAGAAAUAGAAAAGAUGAAGAAAUAGUAACGUAUGACAACAUCAAUCCAUAAGCAUUUCUUUGAGAGGUUUGAGUGGUGAAAAUUCCCAUAUGUUUUCUCUUUACAACUUGUAGUAAAAAAAAAAUUUCUUUGAUUCCUAUGUUCAUUUCUAUGAACCGAAUAACUUUUAGAGAAAUCUGAUUAUUAGGAAUUGUAUUCUUUGUUUUGCUUUAAAACGAAUAGGCCCUACACCUCCAAUUAUUUUUAUUAAUUCACACCAAUAAGAGAAAAAAAAAGAGAGAGAAAAGGCAGACCCCUCUACAAAUUUAAGAGCAAGCCAACUCAUCCACCACACCACCAUUGCUGCCGUUGCACACCAAUGGAGAGGUCAGCCUCCUACUCAGAGAGGAGCAGGAGCCACACCGCCACGGCGGCCGGCGCCGCCUCCGCCGUCGGCAGCGACCUGAGGUGCCACAGCGCCUACUACGUCACGUCGAGGUAUGCUCCAGCUCCUCCUCCUCCCAUGGAGGACGCCGGCAAGGCCAAGAAGAAGAAGAAGGCGGCCGCCACCUGGCCUUCUUCUUCGUCGUCGUCGUCGGCGUCGGCGGGGGUGUGGGGCGUGCUCGGCGACCCGGAGCUGCAGCGGCGGCGGCGGGUGGCCGGGUACAGGGUGUACGGCGUGGAGGGGAAGGUGAAGGUGUCGCUCAAGAGCGGCAUGAGGUGGAUCAAGGGCAAGUGCACCCGGGUGGUGGACGGCUGGUGGUAGACGUACGCAUGCUGCACCGGUGAUCGCUUCUGAAUUCCGAUCAGAUUCAGAUGAUCCACAGUUCUGAAGGGAAAUGGUUCUCCAAAAAAGAUUCAGAUGUCAGCCUGCUUCUUGCAUGCAGGUGUUUGGUUUUUUUUCUUCUUGUCAUGCUCUUUCAUGUUCUUCUUAGUGAUCUGAUCUCCUCCUCCAUGCAUCUUAGCUCGCAGUAAUCUGGUGCUGCUGCAAGGAAGCAAGCAUGUCAGUGUGAGUGUGAUCAUACUGCAACUAGAUGGUUUAGUGCUGUUCUCUCACUGCUGUAAUUAAGGUUCAGAUCUGUAACUUCAAUUCUGCCUGUGAAUAAGUUCGCGCUUGUAUAUCUGGUCUGAAGUGAAAGGCUACGCAAAGGACCAGUGUAUUUUUUUUCAUUUAUAUGUAAAAAGGUUUUUUUUCUAUUCUUGAGAAGUAUCUUAAGAUUAAAAAAAUUAGUGUAAAUUCUAAUAUCUUGAGGUAUAAAAUGUUUUAGCGU